CAUCCGGGUGCCAUUGAAGAUGGCUCCGUGAGGAUUAGUUUUUGUUGAAAAAUGCGUCAACAAACCGUUCGAUGUUUUUGGUAAGUUUAUAUGCUUAUUCGAAAAGAUGAAAUACAUAAGUUUCAUCCCUUAUCAACUCUCGAUGAUAGCGUGAUGUUGAUUAUCGGAAUAAUUCUGUCAAAGGAUGUAAAGUGAAUAUCCACGCCUAUCUUGGAGUAGAAGGUCAGAUGUGGAUGGAGCUGUUCACUGAUGAUGAAGGAAAACGUAUAAUUUUGAUUAUGUGAAAACUUCCUCAAAAUAGACAUUUUGAUUCAGUGAUACAUGGUGGAAGCAGUUGCUUGAGCCUUGGAUAGAAUCAAGGUUAGAGAUGACAUGAUGGUGUUUCAGGGUCAUUUCUUCCAAGUUACCGUUUUGAUUAUUAAAAAUUCAUUUAAUUCCUUCACAAAAUUCAACACGUUCUUCUCUUAAAGGUAAUCUCUUAUUUACCUGGGAAAGCUGCAGUUCCUCUGAUGAGUCAAAUGAGAAGGAACAAUGAGUGAUAGUUCUUCUGGUCCUCCCACUACCACUAAUGGUGGUAAGGAGCCCACUAUGGGAACAAAGCCCAUGGUGGGCUCCAGUGAAACAUCCUGGACCAAUGAUGAUGGUCUCAAUGUGCAUUCAUCUUCAUCAAUUGAACCUUCCUUUACAGGAUGUGAUGAUAUACCAACCAACUCCAUAUCAACAACUGUGACAGGAUGUAAUUUGCUGCAUUCAUCAGAAAUUGCCAAAUCUCCAACAGAAUCUACAUCACAAUCAUCAAACAUUCAUUCUGAAAUGAAUCAUCCAUUAGAUUCUAAAUUGAAUGCAUUAUCAUUGCCGACAGAUAAUGUAGAACAUGUUGCAACUGAUGGUUCAGAAUUGUCCUCAUUACAGGAGCAUUCAUGCAUAUCAGAAGCAGUUUGUACUAUUUCAUUAACAGAAAAAGAAUUAAAUAUGUGUACUCCACAAAUAGAGGAAAAUAGUUCUCAUACAGGAUUUCUUUCUGGGGAAAUAGAUAUAAGAACUCAAGUUUCUCCUCAUAUAUUAGGAAAUGUAUCUGUAGUACAGCCUACAUCAGAGAUGUUAGCAACUGAUAUAGGUAAUAUAGAUGAAUCAAAUAGUAUUAGUGAAGUUACACCUAAUGAAUCAAUAUCUGCACCUCCAGAAGAAUCUUCCAUCCAGAUGCAAGAUUUAGUACAAGAACAAGAAUUUAAGAGUAUUAGUUCCUCUGUAAUUUCUCAUUUUCAUUUAGGUGAGUCUCAAACAUCUCUUAUAAUGCCAGACAGUAGUUCAGCAUUGAUGAGAUCCACUAUAUCAAGUGAUGGUUUGACGGGUAUCUGUUUUUCUCCACCUCGUACUAGUUCAUAUGAAAUACCAAAAGGAGUGAGCUUACCACCUGUAUCAACUAUUAUACGUUCGUCAGCUUUAGCUGCAGCAAAAGGCAGAUUUGACAAUCCUUAUCCAAAUCCUGAUUUAAAUCUUGAACUCACAUCAUCUUUAUCAAAAACAAAUUCUUUUCCUUCACUUUCUUCUCUUGAUGUUCAACAAACAAUUAUAAAUCCUCAUUCUUCAGAAACUAUGGUAACUUUGGCUAAUUCAGUUUUAAGUGGAAUGAAAGAUUCAUCUUCGUUAGUUGAUACCAAAAUUAUUUGUAUAUCUUAUUCACAAACUCCUGAUAGUCAUAUCCCUUCGAGAGUUUGUGACAGUUCUUCCAUUAUGGUAACAUCUGCAGCUACAUCUUGUAUGGGACCAGAAACAAAUAUACCUCAUACUUUAUUAGAUGAUCAGUCAAAUUCUUCAAAAGGUUUAGGUGCAGUUACUGUAGACCAUCCUUUGCAUUCAACACAGGUCCAUAUAGAUUCGCUUCAUGAAGUCUCUCGAGGAAAAGUUGAUGCAGAUACAAGUGCUGAACUUUCUUUAUCAGGUGCUGUUGCAACUUCAGAUUCUACUACAACUGAUGAUGCGUCUGAUUUUGAAUGCAUUUCUACCCUUCCGCAUAAAGAUUCAGAUGCAGUUGAUUCAAAUAUAUCACAUCACAUGGAUCAGAUUUGUCAAGUAGAAUCUACCACUGUUAUUCAUUCUGUUUCUGAUCAAGAUGUUACCUCAGAAGAAUCUACAUCAAAUAUUUCAAGAUCUCAUUCUAGCCAUAUUACACAACUUCCUGAACUUAUUAGAGUAGUUUCUAGUUCUAGAAAUGUACAACAUAUGACAGUUCAAACUGGAAAUCAAACCCUACCAUCUCAAGUAUCUACUUCUAUCCCUCCAAUAAGAACUUUACUAGCAUCUCAACAAAUUAAACCAUCUUCUUCACCUUUUUCAACAUCACCAAAUUCUGGAUCUUUAGCAGAAAAUAGUAAUGUACAAACUCAGGAAACAGAAAAGUUGGUAUCUGAGAGUGCAAUGGCAUCUUUAGGUAUCACAAUGGAACAAGAUAAUCCUUCUCAAUCUGAAAAUAUUUCAGCAUUUCAACUUGCAAUGGAAACAGCAGUAUCUACAGUAUCUACUUCUAAUACCUCUUCUGGAACUAGUGUUAUUCAGCAGUUUUUGGCAACAGAUUCCACUCAGGGAAGAUUAUCAUCUGUUGUCCAUCAUCCACCAGGUGGAGUGAUUGCUUCAGUAAUGACAAAUAAGGUUAGACCACCUGCAACAACAAUCAGAAGUGAUGAAAGGCAUGUUCAUCAUUCUCAAUCUGUUAUUACUGCAUCUACUGUUAUGGAUACAAAUAAAGCACCAAAUAGUACAAUAACAGAAUAUCCUUUGACUUCAUCAUCAAUGAUAGAUGCAGGUGAUUCAUCUGUUGUAACUUGUACAGAACCAUCAGUUACUACAGUUUCUUCACCUGUAUCAAAUACUACUGAUGCUGCUGUGACUUCUCCUUUGUCUAGCAUUGCAUCUGUGGCAUUGCCUUCUACUUUGACAAAUUUAUCACCCAGUGCCCUAGCAUUUUUACAAGCUAAUUUCACAGCUCUUCAGUCCAUUCCUCAUACCUUACCUACAACUUUAACCACUGAAGGUGCUGUCCAGACUGGUUUGAAUUCUCCUUCAGUACCAAACAUUUCCCCAUUAUUAUUACCAAGUAUACCAAGUAUUGUUUCAAGUGCUGUAUCCACCUCUGUGCCCCCAAUAAAACAAGAACCUGAAGAAAAUAUUGCAGUUACUUCAACUAAAACAGCUGCUGCAACUCCAACAAACAAUAGUAUGUAUGCAGCUCUAGCUACUUUACCUUCAUUAUUGAAGAAUGAUGGUACUGUUACUGGUCCACUUCCACCAUUUACUGUUGUGUCAGGUUUGUCACCAAUAGUCAAACGUGAAAUUGGAACAUCACUUGCCAAUACAUUUCUUGCUACUCAAGGAACACUUCCUUCAGGUGUAAUGACUAUAAAACAAGAAAAACAAGAAUCUGAAAUAGCUACUUUGACUUCAUCUGAUUCAAAUGCUACCCUUCCAAGCCUGGUACGUCUACCAUCUAUUGCUUCAGUGGGAAUUUCCAAAAUAGCAACAACUGGAGCAGUAACUCCAUUGUCCACCUUAACUAACCCAGUGCCUUCUCAAACUUCUACGGUAACUUUCCCUUCUGUUGCUAUAACUACUGCAACCAGUACAUCAUCAUGCACAGUUGCUACACCUACAGUGCUUGUUGGAAUUUCAGCAGCAACAAUUACAUCAGUUGCAUCCAAAGAUACUGCAGAGGAAGAUGAUAAAAAAAUGUGUUGUGUUAUGUGCAAAAAUGGUAGUCCAUGUGGAUUACAUCCAACUCAGACUCAAGGAACAUCUUCACAAGGGCCUUUAUUGUCUACCGAUCCAGCAAAACCUUUUCGCUGUCAGUUAUGUGGUAAACAUUUGGCUUCAAAAAACGUCUAUCAGUUGCACAUGAGGUCUCAUUCUGGUGAGAAACCUUUCACCUGUAACUUAUGUGGACAUCAUUUUUCACAAAAGACAUCUCUCACUCGCCAUAUGCGAUCUCAUACUGGUGAGCGUCCUUUCCCAUGUGAAGUUUGUGGGAAACGUUUUGCAGAUAAGGAAAGAAUUAAAAUUCACAUGCGUACUCACACUGGUGAGAAGCCAUUUGCAUGUGAGGUAUGUGGUAAACGUUUUUCACAAAAAUCUACUGUCAAAAGACAUAUGAGUGUUCAUACUGGUGAAAAGCCUUUUAAAUGUGAAGUUUGUGGAAAAGGAUUUGCAAACAGGGGCAAUUUAAAUGCCCAUAGUAAAACUCAUGCAAAUACAUAAUAUUUGUAGAUGAUACAUGCAGAAGUGUGAUACUAUCUUCUACAUUUAAAAAAAAAGGAGUUUUUAUAUCUGCAAAUAUAUGUUUUACUAACUCAAAUGGUCAAGAUUUUGGCCUCAGCCAUUCUGUGAAUUUUAAGGGAUCCUAUUGGCUGUAAAAUAUUGAAUUGUCAGAUGACAUACCUCAAAACUGCUUUAGCAGUUCACUUUUCCUAUCUCUUAUACACAUUAAUGGAAAGCAUCAGAGAUGGGAGUUAUGGCAUCUGUGUUUCACCUGGCUAGUAUUGUUACUUUAUAGGUGACUAAAUUAAGAUACUGUAUUAUAGAUGAUGUUGAUCUGUAACCUGUUGUCCACUUCAAGUGAACAAUUGGUGAUUUGUCACUACUGAGUGGUUGGCAAGUACAAAGUGAUGUUUGUUGCAAUAUCUUAAGAAGGUUUUUAAGAAAAUUCAGUAAUGUCUUCUGUAUACCUGUUUAUGUGAGAAUUGUCACUAAUACAUUGAUGCACAUAUCUAGCACAUGUCAAGCAAAUAGAAUAUUGAACUGUGACUUAAAGAAACACUUUCAAGUGAAAAUAUUUUUGUUUUCUCAGAAAUAAUCAGGGUAUUUCGAAUAUAUAUAGUCAUGAUAUGUAUCUAUAUAUAUAUACAUAUAAUACAUAAAUGCAAAAAUUAUAUAGUAUAUAUGUAUAUAUAUAAUAUAGAAAGAAGAGAGAAAUGAUUGAUAACAGAUUGUUGAAGUUGUUGGUUUUAUAGCUUUUGAGCCAGGUAAUGGCAUUUAUGCUUUAAUUUAUGAAUGGUAAUAAGUAGAUUAUAAAUUCAAUAGCUAUUUCCAUGUUAAAAUGUUCAAAUCAUGCACAUAGUAUUAGAUAAAAUUUUAAAAUAAUUUGUUUAUGAAAAAAUUUCAAUGAAUAGUGACCUAUUUUGUUGCCAUUCCAAGCACAGAAUUCAGAUUUAUUAAUGUUAAAUGAAAUUUCUUAAUUGUUACAUUUUAGGCUAUUGAUUGUUGUUACAGUGCAGAUCAUGAUGUUUAAUGCAUUAGUUCUCAUAAAUAGGGAGAGCUGUUUAAUAAAAUUCUGAAAUUAAACAUGCUCAAAAAUUAUGCAAAAACUUUAAAUUCGAUAGUACAUUUUUAUAUUUGUUGUUAUUUUUUAAAGUUUUCCUUAUUUAAAUUAUAUAUAUAUAUAAAUAUCUAUAUUUAUGUAUCAUUUUAAAAUUAAAUUUAUGAGAACCUCUUGUUAGCAGCAUCAUGAAGUACUGUCUGAUACCUUACCUGGUGUACAGAUUGUACAGAUGUUGAGAUAGAAUGGAUUUGGUUAAGAAUUUAAUAGUUAUUAGA